UCUCUCUCUUUCCUUCUCUCUUCCUCUCCCUCCUUCCUCCUUCCCAUCUUCCUCUCUUCCCCCCUUUCCGGAAAUCCAGCGCAAGCACCAGGAGAUCCGCGCCAUGCGCAGCCAGCUGAAGAAGAUCGAGGAUCUGGGGGCCGCCAUGGAGGAGGCCCUGAUCCUCGACAACAAGUACACCGAACACAGCACAGUGGGUCUCGCCCAGCAGUGGGAUCAACUGGAUCAACUGGGGAUGCGCAUGCAGCACAACCUGGAGCAGCAGAUCCAGGCCAGGUGAGGAGAGAUCCCCGAGAUCUAGGUGUGUGUGAGAGAGAGAGAUCCCCGAGAUCUAGGGUGAGAGAGAUCCCCCGAGAUCUAGGGGUGUGUGAGAGAGAUGUGGGUCUCGCCCAGCAGUGGGAUCAACUGGAUCAACUGGGGAUGCGCAUGCAACACAACCUGGAGCAGCAGAUCCAGGCCAGGUGAGGAGAGAUCCCCGAGAUCUAGGUGUGUGUGUGUGUGUGAGAGAGAGGUCCCCGAGAUCUAGGGUGAGAGAGAUCCCCCGAGAUCUAGGGGUGUGAGAGAGAGAGAUCCCCGAGAUCUAGGUGUGUGUGUGAGAGAGAUCCCCGAGAUCUAGGGGUGUGUGUGUGAGAGAGAGAUCCCUGAGAUCUAGGUGUGUGUGUGAGAGAGAGAUCCCCGAGAUCUAGGUGUGUGUGUGUGAGAUAGAGAUCCCCGAGAUCUAGGGGUGCGUGAGAGAGAUCCCCGAGAUCUCGGGGGGUCAAGUAAGGAGGCGGGUGCAACAGAUCCGAGCCGGGGGUGAGAGAGAUCACAGAGAUGUGGGGGGAUCGACUGGGGCGCGGAGGCGGCACAACCUGGAGCAGCAGAUCCAGGCCAGGUGAGGGAGAUCCCUGGGCUCUAGGGGGAUUGGCUGGGGAGGCGGGUGCGGCAGAUCCAAGCCGGGUGGGAGAGAUCCCCCAAGAUCCAGGGGUGUGAGAGAGAGAUCCCGAGAUCUAGGGUUGAGAGAGAUCCGAGAGAUCUGGGGGAUUGACUGGAGAGGUGGAUGCAGCACAACCUGGAGCAGCAGAUCCAGGCCAGGUGAGGAGAGAUCCCCGAGAUCUAGGGGUGUGUGAGAGAUCCCUGAGAUCUAGGGGGUGUGAGAGAGAUCUCAGGGAUCAACUGGUGAGGCGGGUGCAACAGAUCCAAGCCGGGUGUGAGAGAGAUCACAGAGAUGUGGGGGAUUGACUGGGGAGGCGGGUGCGGCGGAUCUGAGCCAGGUGAGAGAGAUCCCCGAGAUCUAGGGGAUCAGCCGGGAUGCGGAGCGGCACAGCCUGGAGCAGCAGAUCCAGGCCAGGUGAGGGAGAUCCCUGGGAUUUAGGGUAAUCAACUGGGGGUGCGGAUGCGGCAGAUCCAAGGCGGGUGAGAGGGAUCCCACGAGAUCUAGGGGAUCGACUGGGGAGGCAGAUGCAGCAGAUCAAAGCCAGUGAGAGAGAUCCCCAAGAUCUAGGGGGAUCGACUGGUGGUACAGGUGCAGCAAAUCCAAGCCGGGUGUGAGAGAUCCACAGAGAUCUGGGGGACCGACUGGGCAGGCGGGUGCAGCAGAUCCAAGCCAGGUGAGAGGGAUCCCCCGAGAUCUAGGGAUCGACUGGGGUGUGUGGGCGCAGCCGAUCCAAGCCUGGUGAGAGAGAGAUCCCCUGAGAUUUAGAGGGAGGGGUCUAAAAUAUUAUUAUUAUUAUUAUUAUUAUUAUUAUUAUUAUUAUCGCGAUUAUUAUUAUUAAAAAUGAAAAAUAUCGAGAUUUCUGGGGAGAUUUCCUUGAGAUUUCAACACAACCGGGAGCAGCAGAUCCAAGCCAGGUGUUAUGGGGUAAUAGUAGUAAUAAUAAUAAUAAUAAUAAUAAUAAUAAUAAUAAUAAUAAUUGUUGUUAUUAUUGUUAUUAUUAUUAACGAAAAAUAUCGAGAUUUCUGGGAGAUUUCCUUGAGCUUUCAACACAACCGGGAGCAGCAGAUCCAAGCCAGGUGUUACGGGCUAAUAAUAAUAAUAAUAAUAAUAAUAAUAAUAAAUUAUUGUUGUUAUUAUUAUUAUUAAUCACCCGGUUUCUCUUGAUUAUUAAUUAUUAUUAUUAAUAAUCUCUUUCCCUCCCCAGGAACACGACAGGCGUCACCGAAGAAGCGCUGAAGGAGUUCAGCAUGAUGUUCAAGUAAGUUGGACGGAUUUCCGGAUCAAUCGAUUCCCAAGAUGGAUGGAUGGAUGGAUUGAUAAUUCCCAAGAUAGAUAGAUAGAUAGAUAGAUAGAUAGAUAGAUAGAUAGAUAGAUACUUCCCAGGAUGGAUGGAUUGAUUGAUAAUUCCCUAGAUAGAUAGAUAGAUAGAUAGAUAGAUAGAUAGAUAGAUUGAUACUUCCCAAGAUGGAUGGAUGGACUGAUUGAUUGAUUGAUAAUUCCAUAGAUAGAUAGAUAGAUAGAUAGAUAGAUAGAUAGAUAGAUAAAUUCCCAAGAUUGAUGGAUGGAUUGAUUGAUAAUUCCCUAGAUAGAUAGAUAGAUAGAUAGAUAGAUAGAUACUUCCCAAGAUGGAUGGAUUGAUUGAUUGAUUGAUAAUUCCAUAGAUAGAUAGAUAGAUAGAUAGAUAGAUAGAUAGAUACUUCCUAAGAUGGAUAGAUUGAUUGAUUGAUAAUUCCCUAGAUAGAUAGAUAGAUUGAUUGAUACUUCCCAAGAUGGAUGGAUUGAUUGACUGAUUGAUUGAUUGAUAAUUCCCUAGAUAGAUAGAUAGAUAGAUAGAUUGAUACUUCCCAGGAUGGAUGGAUGGAUUGAUUGAUAAUUCCCAAGAUAGAUAGAUAGAUAGAUAGAUAGAUAGAUAGAUACUUCCCAAGAUGGAUGGAUGGAUUGAUUGAUAAUUCCCAAGAUAGAUAGAUAGAUAGAUAGAUAGAUAGAUAGAUUAAUUCCCAAGAUUGAUGGAUGGAUUGAUUGAUAAUUCCCAAGAUAGAUAGAUAGAUAGAUUGAUUGAUUAAUUCCCAAGAUUGAUGGAUGGAUUGAUUGAUAAUUCCCAAGAUAGAUAGAUAGAUAGAUAGAUAGAUACUUCCCAAGAUGGAUGAAUGGAUUGAUUGAUACUUCCCAAGAUGGAUGGAGUGAUUGAUAAUUCCCAAGAUGGAUGGAUUGAUUGAUAAUUCCCAAGAUAGAUAGAUAGAUAGAUAGAUUAAUUCCCAAGAUGGAUGGAUGGAUUGAUUGAUUAUUCCCAAGAUAGAUAGAUAGAUAGAUAGAUUAAUUCCCAAGAUGGAUGGAUUGAUUGAUUGAUAAUUCCCAAGAUAGAUAGAUUGAUUGAUUGAUACUUCCCAAGAUGGAUGGGGUGAUUGAUAAUUCCCAAGAUGGAUGGAUUGAUUGAUAAUUCCCAAGAUAGAUAGAUAGAUAGAUAGAUUAAUUCCCAAGAUGGAUGGAUGGAUUGAUUGAUUAUUCCCAAGAUAGAUAGAUAGAUAGAUAGAUUAAUUCCCAAGAUGGAUGGAUUGAUUGAUUGAUAAUUCCCAAGAUAGAUAGAUUGAUUGAUUGAUACUUCCCAAGAUGGAUGGAUUGAUUGAUAAUUCCCAAGAUAGAUAGAUAGAUAGAUAGAUUAAUUCCCAAGAUGGAUGGAUGGAUUGAUUGAUUAUUCCCAAGAUAGAUAGAUAGAUAGAUAGAUUAAUUCCCAAGAUGGAUGGAUUGAUUGAUUGAUAAUUCCCAAGAUAGAUAGAUUGAUUGAUUGAUACUUCCCAAGAUGGAUGGGGUGAUUGAUAAUUCCCAAGAUGGAUGGAUUGAUUGAUAAUUCCCAAGAUAGAUAGAUAGAUAGAUAGAUUAAUUCCCAAGAUGGAUGGAUGGAUUGAUUGAUUAUUCCCAAGAUAGAUAGAUAGAUAGAUAGAUUAAUUCCCAAGAUGGAUGGAUUGAUUGAUUGAUAAUUCCCAAGAUAGAUAGAUUGAUUGAUUGAUACUUCCCAAGAUGGAUGGAUUGAUUGAUACUUCCCAAGAUGGAUGGAUUGAUUGAUAAUUCCCAAGAUAGAUAGAUAGAUAGAUAGAUAGAUACUUCCCAAGAUGGAUGGAUUGAUUGAGUGAUCAUUCCCAAGUUUGAUUGAUUCAUUCAUAAUUCCCAAGAUUGAUUAAUUCCCAAGAUGGAUAGAUAGAUUGAUUGAUUCCCAAGAUUGAUUGAUGGAUGGAUGGAUUGAUAAUUCCCAAGAUUGAUUGAUUGAUUGAUACUUCCCAAGAUGGAUGGAUGGAUUGAGUGAUAAUUCCCAAGAUUGAUAAUUCCCAAAAUUGAUUGAUUGAGUGAUCAUUCCCAAGUUUGAUUGAUUCAUUCAUAAUUCCCAAGAUUGAUUAAUUCCCAAGAUGGAUAGAUAGAUUGAUUGAUUCCCAAGAUUGAUUGAUGGAUGGAUGGAUUGAUAAUUCCCAAGAUUGAUUGAUUGAUUGAUACUUCCCAAGAUGGAUGGAUGGAUGGAGUGAUAAUUCCCAAGAUUGAUAAUUCCCAAAAUUGAUUGAUUGAGUGAUCAUUCCCAAGUUUGAUUGAUUCAUUCAUAAUUCCCAAGAUUGAUUAAUUCCCAAGAUGGAUAGAUAGAUUGAUUGAUUCCCAAGAUUGAUUGAUGGAUGGAUGGAUUGAUAAUUCCCAAGAUUGAUUGAUUGAUUGAUUGAUACUUCCCAAGAUGGAUGGAUGGAUGGAGUGAUAAUUCCCAAGAUUGAUAAUUCCCAAAAUUGAUUGAUUGAGUGAUCAUUCCCAAGUUUGAUUGAUUCAUUCAUAAUUCCCAAGAUUGAUUAAUUCCCAAGAUGGAUAGAUUGAUUGAUUCCCAAGAUUGAUUGAUUGAUUCCCAAGAUUGAUUAAUUGAUUGAGUGAUAAUUCCCAAAAUUGAUUAAUUAAUUGAUUGAGUGAUAAUUCCCAAGAUGGAUGGAUGGAUGGAUUGAUUGAUUGAUUGAUCGCCUUUCAGACACUUUGACAAGGACAAAUCCGGCCGGCUGAAUCACCAGGAGUUCCAAAUCCUGCCUUCGUUCCCUCGGCUACGACCUGCCAAUGGUGGAGGAAG